AUAACAUAUACAAGAAUAUGGCAAAACAGAUUGAGGUUAAAGAAGAGGGUCAGCCAUUGCUGGUUGGUAUCAGCUUUGGUACUGUAUACUCUUCCGUAUCGAUUGUUUCCAAGGAUGGCAAGAAUGGUGAAACUAUUGCUAAUGAAGAUGGUGAUAGACAGAUUCCAUCCUAUGUAGCGUUUACUGCCCACGAAGAGCUCUGCGGAACUCAGGCACACAUUCAGGCCAUGGCAAAUGCCAAAAGCACAAUCUUUCACUUUAGAAAUGUUCUUGGAAAAAAAAUGGAUGAUCCAGAAGUUCAGCUGCAAUCCAAGAAACAUCCUUUCACCAUUGCAGGGUCAGCAGAUGAUGCUUCCGUGCCAAUGUACGAGGUAACUUUGAUGAACGAUGAUGGCGAGGAAACCACCGAAAUCUAUUCUGUCAUUGCAGUUACUGCAAAAUAUCUAAAGAAAAUCAAAGAAACUGCAGAGUACUUUUUAAGUAGCAAGGUUGAUGGGUGUGUCAUUUCUAUCCCCCCUCACUUUGAAGAAACUCAAAAGCAAGACCUUCUCAAGGCUGCCAAAGAGGCUGGAUUUGAUGUAGCAUACCCUAUCCACGAGCCUAUUGCUGCAGUAUUGGCUUUUGAGGCUGCUGCUACCCAACUUGCUCAAACUCAAGACUCUACUGCUGAGCCCAUAGUCAAGACCGAUAAGCAAACUGUAGUGCUAGACUUGGGUGCCCAUCAGUUUAACGUAACUGUUCUCUCCUCCCACGACGGUCUCUACACGAUCGAGUCAUCAAUUGAUGAGGCAGAUCUUGGUGGAAUCAGCUUUGACGAAAUUCUUGUCGAGUUUGUGCGUCAAGAAUUUAUGCGUAAAACCAAGGCUGAUGUUGCUGAUAAUCGACGUGCUCUCCAAAAGCUUCGAAAGGCUUGUGAACGCACCAAGCGUGCUCUUACCCGCCAAGACACUGCUCCUUGCUCCGUCGAAUCCCUCUAUGAUGGCAUGGACUACCAUGGAAACAUCAAUCGUGGUCGUUUUGAAAUACUUGCCGAACCCCUUUACUCGCGUUGCUGUGCCACGGUUGCCAAGGCUCUUGCUGAGGCUAAUGUCGAGGCCAAAGACGUUGACGAAGUGUUUGUUGUUGGAGGGUCUUCUCGUAUGCCUCGUUUCCAGCAAAUCAUGAAGUCGCUUUUCCCUGAAACCACUGCGUUCCGCGCCGAUGUUGAGCCUGAUGAAGCCAUUUCUCUUGGAUGUGCAGUUCAGGCAUCUAUUAUUCUUGCCAACGCCAAUAUUGAUUAUAUCACUUCUACCAACACCAAGGAAAUUGCUCAUGCUGAUCACAUCUCUAAAAGCAUCGGUAUUGAAGUAGCUGGCGGUGCAUUUGCAACCCUAAUUCCGGUUGGUGCACCUAUUCCUGUGCGUCGUUCUAUCACCAUGGGGCUAUCCACUAGUACACAAGCAUCCGCCUAUCUGGCUAUUUACGAAGGCGAAUCUAAAACAGCCAAGAAAAACACGUUGCUUGCUGAAGUUGUGAUAUCUGAUAUUCCCGAAGCUGCCGAUAAAUCAAUCGAGGUCAUGUUGACUAUUGAAAAAGAUCAUUCUUUGCAUAUUAGUGCUAGUGAAAAGACCUCUGGCCAAAAAGUCAAGGUUGUUGUCAAGUAAUUAAAAGCAUAUGUGGUUUUUUCAUUUG